CCUCCCAGCGCUACAUCGGGAGAAAUUGAUAAGCGUGCGCCAACACGAAGUCCCUUCCUCAAAUUGUAGUGUUCCAGAGAAUUUCCUGAAACUUUGAUAUGUCACUUUCUGCAGAACCAGACAGCUGAAGACAUAGAUAUGCAUAUACUGCGAGAGUUAUAUAAUGUGGUGUUAACCUUGGGGACAUCUGAGUUCUUCCACUGGUGGAGAAACAGACCACACUCUGGAGAUUUCAGCAAGAACACAGGCUCUGUUCUGGUCGUGCACGUGAACACUUAAGGGUCAAGAUGGUCAACUGCACAGUUUAUGUUACCGACCCGAUCCUUAACUUACAAAAAGCCACAUCUAUUCCCACCUUCAUCCUGGGGAUGCUGGGGAACAUAUACGUUUUACUGAUGUUCUGCCGCCGUCCCAGAUCAGAGUGGAACUACAUGAAGAUCUACAUCACCAAUAUGGCCAUCGCAGACUGUGUUGUGUUGGUGAUACUGCCCAUCAAGAUUCAUUACUACAACAUCCCAUGGACGUAUCCAAAGGGAGUGUGCAAUUUUCUUUUGUCUGUUUACUACGUAAACAUUUAUGUUAGCAUCUUCACCAUGACUGCCAUAAGUGUUGUGCGUUUUGUGGCCAUCAAGUAUCCGAUGAAGGCGAGAGAGAUUCUCUGUUGUAGGAACGCCCUGGUGGUCUGUGUGCUCAUAUGGAUCGUCAUUUGCUCUUUCAGCACUUUUUAUUUUGUGAAAGACUCUGAUAAUGACAAAACCAUGUGCUUUCAGAGGACAAAGGAAGGGCUGUCAUUGCUAUUUAUUCUGUUGUUGAUCAUGGUGGGGUUCCUCUUACCCUUUCUAAUCAUGUUGUUUUGCACCAUUAAAAUCAUCUAUACUCUCAGAAAGCAAUUAGAAAUUGGAUCUCGUUGUGAAAAGAUCCAAUGCAUCUUCAUCAUCUCGGCUAAUUUGAUUGUUUUUGUCAUAUGCUUUUUCCCCAUCCACUUUGGAUAUCUCUUCAAGUACAUGGCCAAAGACCACAGCUGCGACGUGCAAUUUAUUGCACACAACUUUCUGCACGGUGCUUUCUGCAUUUCCAAUAUGAACUGUGGUUUGGACAGUUUUAGUUAUUAUUUUGCCACAAAAACAUCAUGGGAUAUGUGCUGCAUGAAUCAAACAAGAAAGGAAGGAAAUGAAUGCGAUUAUACCUCACCUCCAAACCUCAAACGCAAUUCAUAGCUCUUCUUGUGAAAUGCAUAAUAAGAGGUUGCAAAUUUAAAGCAGAUUUUACACUUUUGGGAUGAACCAACACAUUGGUCACCUUCUCUGAACACUCAAACUUAAAAGCGGCACCCCUUGUGGGUUUUGAACACGCACCUUCUAAAUUUACCAGCCUAGUCUUUACAAGAUUCUUUGAUCACUACACCAAGAAAUGCCUUGUGAAGUUAGGAAACUGUGACGAUUAUUUACUAUCCCUCCCAGAUUGCGCACGUAUGUCUCCGAGAUGACUGUUUUAGAUCUUUUCAUCUGGAAAGCAUCACAUUCUAAUUAACAUCUGCUAAACAUCUUAAAAAGAUCAGACUGACAAACCUUCUU